CGUGCGGAGGGCCUGCUGCUGCAGCUGCGCAGGGCGGAGGGGGAGGGGGAGGAGCAGAGGAGAGCUCUGCUGGAGGAGGUGCAAUCAGUCCUGCCACACACACUCCCUGAUACCCUGCCCACCGCCAAGCUGGUCUCUCAGGCACUGGACCUCUGUCAGGUGCUGAGAGACAUGUUGUCUGUGAACGAGGCGGUGAUGAGGAGUUCUAGUCCCUCCAGUCUGGGGAAGUACCGAGCUCUGGGAUGCAGCAUCCAGACCCUCAGGACACACAGCCCAGACUACCACACACUCACACACAUGCUGCAGCAACACAGUGACAUUGAGAUGCAGAUCCAGGAUGUGUUCCGUGUGCAGCGAGGGGCGGAGCUUCAGAUGUUCAGGGAGGAGCUUGGUAAUGUUAGGCCCCUCCUCCACUCCACCAGCCCUGCAAGCUUCGUUGGCAUCCUCUCUCGGGGUCUGCUGCUGCCCAGGGUUGGCGUGGAGAGGCACGGGGUGGAGCGCACUGACAUAGGCUUCCUCGGAGGAGGCAUCUACUUCAGCGACUCCUUCAGCACCAGUGUGAAGUACUCUAAGCGGAGUGAAACGGAUGGCUCUCGGCUGCUGCUGGUUUGCGAGGUGGCUUUGGGUCACUGUCGUGAUGUUCGCAAGAGGGACACCACCCUGACCGCCGCCCCCGAUGGCUACCACAGCAUGCACGGGGUCCGCAGCACCCCCAAUCAACACUCCGAAUUUGAGGAUGACGAGUAUGUGGUGUACAGCCCUGACCAGGUGAGGUUGAAGUACGUGGUGCGGUACACACUGCCAGGAGACGAGCUGAAGGCCUUCCAGCCGCAAGUCGACACGGCUGUGGAAAGCGUCCCAAGCGGCUCACAGACUAAUGACACAAUAACUAAAUCUGAUAAAAGCGAGAAGCUUGAGGAUAUGGAGAACCCCUUGGACAGUAUGGCUGCUGGUCUUCUGGACAGCGCUGGCCAGAAACUCCCCCUACAGGCGGUCCAUGUGAAGUGCAAGCUGGUGGACCUGCUCUCUCAGGUGAUCAUCUUCCAGACGUACUCCAAUCCCAGCCCCGUGGCCAUAGAGGCCAAGUACGUCUUCCCCCUGGAAGAGACUGCAGCUGUGUGUGGCUUUGAGGCCUUCAUCAACGGCAAGCACGUGAUCGGAGAGGUGAAGGAGAAGGAGCAGGCCCGUAAGGAGUACAAGCAGGCCAUAGCCAAGGGCCACGGGGCCUACCUCAUGGACCAGGAAGCACCAGAUGUGUUCACCAUCAGCGUGGGCAACCUGCCCCCUGGUGCCACCGUCCUCAUCAAGGUCACCUUCCUCUCCGAGCUGCUGGUGACCGAUGACGCCAUCUCCUUCCAGUUGCCUGGUAGCGUGGCACCAUGGCAACAGAGUUCUGCCCUCAACGAGAGGACACAGACUACAGUGGAGAAGGUGUGUGUGAGUGAGCACAGCGGAGAUUUCUCCCUGAGUCUGUCAAUGGAGAUGCCUUAUGAGAUUGAGAGUGUGUUCUGCUCUACCCACGACACUGAGAUCAAGAAAACCCAGUGUAAAGGCGUGUUGAGAACGUUGCCCGGGGAGACGAUGAGUUCCGAUGGGUUCCAUCUCUUCAUCUACCUGCGUGAGAUGCACAUGCCCCGCAUGUGGGUGGAGAACCACCCGGACAAGGACAGCCAGGCUUGCAUGCUAGUGUUCUUCCCCGACCUGGAAGGCCUGCGGGGGGCAGGAGAUGAGGAGCCUUGGCCUGCCUCUGGUCCUGCCUCUGGUCCUGUCCCUGGUGGCGUGGAGGAGGUGGUGAUCCUGGUGGACUCCUCUGAGUCGAUGCGGGGCGAGAGCCUGAUCAGUGCCCGUCGGAUAGCCGCUUACAUGAUCAAAAACUUGGACUACGUGGACAACGAGCCUAAGAUCAACGUUGUAUUGUUUGGCACAGAUCAGCAGGAGGCCUUCGCGUUCUCCAAAGACAUUGAUGAAGGAUAUCGUGAGGCGAAGUACUGGAUCCGGGAGACCCCGGCUGUAGGGGGCAGUACUGAGCUGUGGAGGCCGCUGCGCAGCCUGAGCCUGCUGCCGCCCUCCAGAGGCAGUCGGAGCGUGGUGCUGCUGUCGGACGGCCAUGUGCAAAACCCCGCCCUCACCUUGCAGCUGGCACGCAGCAACGCCGCUCACACACGCAUCUUCACUUGCGGACUCAGUAAAACCGCCAACAAACACAUGCUUCGAGCACUAGCCCAGGCCAGCGGUGGAGCCUAUGAGUUUUUUGACACAAAGACGCGUCACACCUGGUCAAAGAAGGUGGAGUCCCUGGUGGGCCGAAUGACGUCGCCAGGCUGCAGCUCGGUGUCGGUGAAGUGGCAGCUGUUCAACCCGAGAGCGCCCCCUCCUGUCCAGGCCCCUGCACAGCUCCACGCCCUCUUCAGCAAGCACCACACGCUGGUGUACGGCUUCGUACCUCACUGUACUCAGGCUACUCUGUAUGGAGACCUGUGUGGGAAGGAGCUUAAGACCAUGGUGUCCACCACAGAGCUGCAGAAGACCAAAGGCACGUUUCUCCACAAGCUCACAGCAAGAGCGGUCAUAAGAGAUUACGAGGAUGGAAUCCUCCACCUGGAUGAAGCUGAACAUGAGGGCAAGAAAGCUGAGAUGAAAUCCUUCAUUGUCGACCUGAGCAAAGAGUUCUCCAUCCUCUCCCAGUUCACCAGCUUUGUGGCCAUCGAAGAAAGGGAUCCAGAGAAGCCUGACAAGGGCUUCACUGACAUCCCCAAGCUGAUCGCAGAGGCGGACGUGGACCUGCUGCCUUACAUGGCCUGGAAGGAUCCCAAUGAGGAAUGGGAGAAAGGCCGCAAAAGGUACUCUACCACUGAGGCCGAUACAGAGUAUUAUGGCUUCUACUGUGGAGAUGAUGAUGAAGAUGAUGACUAUGAAGAAGUCAAUGAAGAAGACCUAAUGAUAUGCAGAAGUACUGCAAUGCCUGAUGUGGAAGAGGAUUUCUCCGUUGAGAUUCCUGGAUGUCUAGAGCCCUUGUCGCUGGAGACUCGCAACAUGAAGCUGCUUCUGGAGGAGGUGAGGGGUUACGCACACACACACACACACAUUAAAUAUUAACCAUGCGCUUGCUUGGCUUUUAGCCCUGAACAGAAAGGCCAAGCAGUAUAGUAAUAUGAC